ACUUUAUAUUAUUUCUUUGAAAUUAUGGAAUCUUCAAGCGAGAAGGAAGAGAGAAACAAAUGAAAGAUUAAAGAGGAAAAAAUGCAGAAGGAAAUUGGGAAACUAGAGGAACAGCUUCUUGUAGAGUAUGGGAACAAGUAUGGCUUGAGAGGAAGGAGUCACCUGAUGUUUGAAUUGAUGGAUGAAGGCGCACUGGCUAUGAACAGAGUUAAGGAUUUUGGCAGGCUUAAGGUAGAUGUGAGGGGUGUGAAGAAGGUCAAGUUGGGGUUUAGGAGGUGGCAGUGGAGGGAGAAAUCGGCGAAGAAGGUUUUUGUAGAUAUGGUGAUUAAGGAUACUGUGCCUUUUAAAGAUCUGCAGGAUUUUUGGAUUAGAGGGGCUUUUUGGAAGAGAAAAAUUAAACUUGAUUUGCGAAUAUUGAGUAAAUGAUGAGUAUUUGCAACAAAAUCUUUGAGAAUUGAAUAUUUUGCUCUCUCAGAAAAUGAUAUUAAUAAAAUUAUUUUAUUAGAAAGACAUUUGGAAGCGAUAACAUUUAAAUCUUGAAGAAUUCCCGAACAAAAUUUUAAUCAUACCUUUCUCAAUUAUAAUGGAUUUACUGCUUCAAAGCUCCAAAAACUAUAUUUCAUCGAGUCACCUCACGAUUCACAUGACUCCUCCUAUAUAAACAUAGCCUCUAAUAUCUUAAACGGAAUUAUCAAUUCAAAUCUCAGUUUCUCCCUCAAGACCCUCAACUUCUUCACUAGAUCCCCCGAUGAUUUCAAUCUAAUCAACCUCAACUUAAACCCACCUUCCAAAUCUCCUUAUACCCUAAAAUCCUUCGGUUCCAUCCUAACCCUAAUUUUCCUCCACUAAAACA